AUUGCACCAUCCGUCUGUUUGCUCGUUGGAUUCGUAAAACGGAUGAAUCUGUAACUGGCAGUAGGGCGCCGUCCGGCAUGCCCUGUUCACGGUGAGGUGGGAACGCAACCCUCUGGUCCGGCUUAACGGUCCCGAUAAGGAGAGAGAGCAAGGGGAUGUUGACUUAUCCCUCUGACUCGCUCCAUCAGAUUGUUUGUCCAAUGGAUGAACAUGAUAUUUCCCCAAACAAUUUCUGUAGUGAACCUCCACCACCUCUCCUCCCCCUUUCCUCCGUCACUCCCAGCUGCGCGAAAAAUGGGAUCUCUGGAAGCCGAGAGAGUUGUUGCGUUCAAGAGCUCAGAGCGCCGCCCCCUAAGAAGCAGAGCAGCAGAGCGGCUCAGAAACCGCACAGACACAAUCCGGCCCCCUCCAAGAGACAAAGGGAAAGCGCCGACAUGGUGUCACAGGCCAAGCAGCAAAGGGUCGAAGGCACCCAGGCACAUGACACUCCGGAGGAGGAAGGGUUCGAUGGGAGAUUUGAAGCAGAGUGCCGAACUAAGCAAAGCGACCAGAGAGACCUGGAGACUGAAGUAAAUGUGGUUGAGCAUUGUAUGGUGGAUGGCACACAGCCUCUUGACACCAUGGCGUCCGACAUGGACGCCUGCGGACACUCUCUGGCGAACGCGUCCCCCCCAAAGGGAUGGGUGAUCGGACCCUUGUUUCAGUCAUUCAGGUCCAAGAUGGCCAGUUUCACCGAGAUAGUCAUGACUCCUGUUAAGCUCUUCCGAGCUAACAGUCCUCCACCAUUCACCGACCUUCCAGACAAACUCGAUGAGUUGGAUCUUGAGGCCGCUGGAGCAUCUGAUGUUGAGCCGAGUGACGUGUGUCCUCCAGGAGCACAAAGUGAGGGGCGGAAUCCAGAGAGACUCGGUGAAGUACAAGCAGACCGAGGAGCGACGACUGUCGCUCUUUUAUAUCCCAAAAAGUUGUUGUUUGAUGAAGAGUUGCCAGCGCAGGGCUUCGAACAGGUGAGCGAAAGUGCAGCAACGCAAAAGGAAAAGAACUCUCCUGACCCUGUGCCGUUAAAACGCCUUUUACCCAGCAGUGUUCCUGAGGGAGGGUCCGUCAGCACCUCCGUAUUGUUACAGCCCUCUCUCAACAUAAGUGCCUCACAUGAAGCCAAGUUAAAUGUGUCUGGUGCUGUCGAGGAGCAAACAGGAAGAUUGACUGUCCAGCUGAAACCACUGCCGAAGAAAUGUACAGUCAAGAAAGUUCCUUCUAAGACAUCAACAUAUAAAGUAAAAAAGCAAAAGUCUGAGGUUAGUGAUGAGCAGGUUACUCUCAUGGAUUCAGUCCAAAUCAACAAAGUUGAUUCCAGCUGUUCAGCUCAGCCUGAUGUUUGUGAUGGCAGUAAAAUGGAAGUUAUGGAUCGCCCCGGCAACCUGAGAAACCUGACUGACCUUGCUAAUGGAGGCACAAUGAAACCUUCUUUGGAUACGCCGCAGCCAGAUUGUGCGUUAAACCCUAAAAGUGACUCUGCUUCAGGUCUGGGGAGAGAAAGGAGAGGACUUCAGCUAGACUGCCAUUCACAAGACUUGGUAAAGAAGAGAAGAUGUACAAAGGAUACAAGAAGACAACAGUUAUUGACUGUGGCUUCAGUUGUCGGCCCAUUGAGACCACAGAGAAGGGAGGUUGUGUCGACCACUCCUGUAGUACAUCAGGAAGAAAAGCCAAAGCCUGUUGAAAAAAGGCCAGUUUCAACAAGAGCAAAUAAGAAGGGAAGAAAUGGACAGGAAAGACUGACAAUAAAUGAAGCUGUUUUAAUCACACAGACUGAGCGUUACUCCCUGGAUGAAAGCAGCAGUGUGUCGGAGAACAACCUAAAGGUAAGCAGCAGCCAGGAGGCGCCCAGUGGUCCGUCCGCCAAGACAACAACAAGCCCCAGUAAACCUCAUGCAGACAUCGAUAGCCGCAUGGAACUGGAAACCAGCAUGGCUGCCGCCUCUACAAAGCAAACGGAGCAGGAGAGGCUGUCAGAGGCCCCCCCUCGCAGGAACAUCAACAAGAGACCGGUCAAAAGGAAAUCCCAGGGCCAAUUCAGCUCCACUGCACAAUCGGGCGGCACUUUGUUUUCUGCCUCGUCAGCACCACCGGCGGAUCUGAACGUUCAAAAAGAGGAGAGCUCUGAGAAGGGGUUGACCGUCCAAGACCAUCCGUCCAAGAGAACCCAAAGGGAUUUAAGAGUUGCUGCUUCAGGUGGGAGUCAAGAGGCGAAGCAGUGUAUCCAUGACCUUCAUCCGAUAGCCAAAGAAAACCAGCCUGAUAAACGCAGAGGCAAAGUCUCAAUGCACCCCGUGUAUUUUGAAAUGACACCUUUAGAAAGCAAUGCCCCACCUGUUCCUUCGUCCUCUCAACCCCGUUCAAAAAGUUCUGUCCAAUCAAAUAAUGCCGCUAAGCACUCCACCGAUGAGGAGAAGAGCGCUGCUUCUGUAUCAGACGAGUUAUUUCCCUCUGACAGCAGCGUUAGCGUCUCUGGGUCUGCUGCACGAGGGGUCAACGUUAAGCCAAGAAGAGCAAAUAAAAAAAAAAGAUGCCAGGUUUUGCAUGGCGGGCCGUGUAAAGGUGGCGAGGUGACAAACGCCGCCGCCGUGGACAACGACGCGGCGCCGGCUGCAGCUAGUUCCCACUCGGAGGGAAAGGACUUGUCGAGGCGCCUGUUGCGCAGCUACUCCUGCCCCGAGAUCCCCUCCCUUCGUCUCCACGACACCCCCACGCCUUGGGCUCUGCACUCCCCCCGUCACGCCAGGCUCCACUCGGCACCGCAGCACCAGGCCUCCCACGCCCAUCACGCCCACAAGUCCCGGCGGCGGGCUCGUCGCCACACGGUCUGCAGCGUGGAGGUGGAGAGGGAGAUCGCGCCGCUCUGCCUCCGCAAGGAGGUGUACCCGUCCAGGAGGUCCCUCCCGUCCGCCACAGCCACCCAGCCCCCGGGGUGGGCUCCCAGUCUUUCUCCCAGCACCUCCCUCGCCGCCCUGGCUUCCUGCUUCCUCUCGAGCCCCCUGGCUUUCCUCUCCAAGAAGGUCGGCAGCGGAGGCGCCGCCGCGAGCCCCGGCACUCCCGUCCAUGCGUCCUCCUCCUCCGCCUCCUGCUCGCCGGUGGUGCGCCUCUUUAGAAUGGACUCGUCUCCUUCCGCUGCGUUGGACUACAGUAGCAGUGGAAAUCCGACGGAGUGUGAGAUGGAGAGAAGACAACGCAGUGAGGAGGAGGAGGAUGACGGCGAGGACACAAGUUCGUCCAGCCAGGAGUUUGAAGACGUGGGGUUGAGAGAUGAAAAGGCUUUGUCUGAUUCUGAAAUCAAGGUGGGACAAAAGCAUGAGGAACGAGGAAAAGUGUCAUCUAUUAAAAUUCGGAAGACUUUACCCAAACCUCAGAACAACCUGACCCCCAUGGGCCUGCCCAGAGCAGUCAGGCUGAAAAAGAAGGAGUUUAGUUUGGAAGAGAUUUACACCAAUAAGAACUUCAGUAAACCCCCCGAGAGCCGGCUGGAGACCAUUUUCGAGGUGCCUCUCAGCCGGCGGGACGGGUCCGAGUCCUGGUACGGCCAGAGGCGGGUCAAGCGAUUCCUGGAGUUCCUGGAUGCCGGCGAGGUCAGAAAGCCAAAGAAGCCCCUCGUCGGUGUUGGAAAGGCAGGUGUCUCGUCCUCCAGGACCAGACGGGGGGGUUUCCCUAAAGACGAUGCGUGCCUCAGCGCGCGGGACGUGGACUCGCUGCUCUGUGCCAAGCUGGAUCAGCUGACUCUGCUGUUAAUAGGUGAUCAGAAAGGCAGCUGACGCGCGCUUCUUAGAAGGCCGUUGUUUGGCCGCCACUCAAAAUAAACACUGCGAGAGACGCGUCUGUUUCUUCUGUAUUUUCAACCGCCGUGUCACUGAAGAACUCAGUAUUUGUAGCGAGAACGAUGCGCCAGAGGAUGUCUCCUCAGGAAGUUGGUUCUAAAGAUGGUGGAUAUCCGUCCAUUUGUCCCCUGGCAGCUCUCCAGCCGCCUGGUUGCAACACGUCUACAGUAUCGUAACAAUUUCAGUAUGUUGGUUGGUGAGCUUUGACCCUAAUCAUUAUUUUAAUUAAAUCCAUAAAGGCAGCUGUUUUAUAUAGCGGAAAGAGAUUUGUAUUCACGGUUGGCCUUUUGUCCAUGGUUCAUACGUCGUGUGAAGUGUCUUUAAGCAGCACAGGCUCAUUGUGUGAACUCUGUGGCAGGAGCUUUAUGAUGUAUGAAAACAGCUUGUUCAGGUUGGCUUUAGAUUACUUGUGGUUCUCUGGAUAGUUUCCUGCCAUCUAUAUUUGUAUUGCGAAUGUAUCUUGAUAAACUUAUGUAUUUUUUUUUUUGGGGGGGGCCAAAUUUCAAUGAGGUUGCCUUAACUGUAAGAGGUUUAAAUGGAUGGGUUUUGUCGGCGUGUUGAUAGUUGUUCUCUGACCGUCGGGUCAAAAUCCUUCAAACAAAUCAAAGCACAAAGCGGUUUUAUUGUGAAA